AUGGCCGACUACGUCAACAAACAGGUGAUUGAAUUAAACAAAGUUAAUGAAGAAAACUGUAAAAGAGCAACGAGGAGCGUGAAGACUGAGACCCGUCGCUCAGAUGGAAGACUAAGACUCUACAGGAUGGCUGCUGUGUGUUUAGGAGUGCUGUGUGUUCUACAAGUCAUUCUCAACAUCUCCCUGAGACUGGCUUUCUGUGAAUACAACAACCUGACUGAAGAGAGAGACCAGAUACAGACCAGUUACAACAAUCUGACUGAAGACAGAGACCAGAUACAUAGGGAGAGAGAUGAUCUCAUGAGAAAGUUUUCUAAUCUAGAACAAACCUGUCCUGAAGGCUGGCAGAAGUUUGAUUCCAGUUGGUACUUCAUCUCUACAGAGACUGAAACCUGGAAGGAGAGCAGACAGGACUGUCUGGAGAGAGGAGCAGACCUGGUGAUCAUAAACAGUGAUAUGGAACAGUUGGACACAGACAGAGGGCAGAACAGAACGCUGCACAGACAGAGCCACACGCUGCACAAAUGCAAUCCCACACACACGCAUAAACGCACGCACGUCUGUGAGGUUCCCCUUUUAAACCUCUGA